GGAGCCGGGGCUGCUCAAUGACAAAUCGGCAGGGGACGGCUGGGGUCCGGCCCCGCGAGGAGGAGAAGGAGAGGGCGGGGCGGGUUUAAGAGCCGCGGGCCUGGUGCGGACGGCCAAGGCGACGCGGGACAAGUCCCAGUGAAUACAUAUUGCUGGGGUGUCUGAAUCAAAGAGAGUGGAGUACCAGAGAAAAUGGAACUCUUCCCUAAUCGUGUGGAGGAGAGUGGAGUGGGUCUUCCUAAAAGCAGUACAAGAAGAGAAGCGAGCAUGUGAAAGAGAUCCUGCUUAGGAAAGCACUUGGCAUAUUCACGGAACUGAGAGAAGACAGCUGGCUGGGAAAGCUCUUCACCUGGGUCUUCUGUCCGUGGGUCACAACCUCAGAAAACCAGCAGGAUGGCUGCAAACAAGAGUAAGAGCCAGAGCUCCUUGGCCCUGCACAAGGUGAUCAUGGUCGGCAGUGGAGGGGUUGGCAAGUCGGCCCUGACGCUUCAGUUCAUGUACGAUGAGUUUGUAGAAGACUAUGAACCAACCAAAGCCGACAGUUACAGAAAGAAAGUGGUUCUUGAUGGAGAAGAAGUCCAGAUAGAUAUUCUGGACACGGCUGGACAGGAGGACUAUGCAGCCAUUCGAGACAACUACUUUCGGAGUGGGGAAGGUUUUCUCCUCGUGUUCUCAAUCACAGAACAUGAAUCGUUCACAGCAACUGCUGAAUUCAGGGAACAGAUCCUCCGCGUUAAGGCCGAAGAAGAUAAAAUUCCAUUGCUCGUCGUGGGAAACAAGUCUGACUUAGAGGAGCGGAGGCAGGUGCCCAUCGAGGAGGCUAGGAGUAAAGCGGAGGAGUGGGGCGUGCAGUACGUGGAGACGUCGGCUAAAACGCGGGCCAACGUGGACAAGGUGUUCUUUGACCUAAUGAGAGAGAUCAGAGCAAAGAAGAUGUCGGAAAACAAGGACAAGAAUGGCAAGAAAAGCAGCAAGAACAAGAAAAGUUUUAAAGAAAGAUGUUGCUUACUGUGAAUGCCAAGAUGGUGGAUGGAGUCAGCCUCCACUAAGGACAUAGGGCGGGUUCCUUCAGAGAAGACUAUAGUCAACUUCUUGGCGUGUUCCCUGCUCUCCCCAGCCUCGUUCACGCAUACUUCUUUAAACGGGGAAAAAUAUUUGUGAAUCAGCGGCUGGCAGAAGAAAUAAGCCCUCAUCCUUGCAGUGGACCAGCUGCUCUGUCAGGAGGUUUUGGAGUUCCCUUUUCCCUCCUUGCCUCCCUCCCUCGCUUCCAAAAAUUUAAUCACGCUUGUAGGGCUAUAAGUAGGAAAUAGUCAGGUGUUCAUUAGAAAGAAGAAGUACUGUCAUAACAUCUUAUUUUUUUCUUUGGUUUUAUAACAUUACCAUCUUUUGUUUUGAAAUAAAAACGACUUAUUUUAUUAGGUUUUGGGAGAAGGGGGUGGGGUUAGACCCUCCCCAACCUUUAUCCAGCUUAAUGGUAGUACUCAGAAAAAUCUGUUAAGCUCUAAUGACACUGAAAAAGUCAGAGAUUUUUUUUUGAUAAGUUUCUUGGUGAUACCCUGUGGAUCUGAAGCACAGCUAAUAAAUUUGAAUUAGGCCAAAUAGGUCAAUAACAAGCUCAUAAAUCCUUCUCACAUAUGAAAAAUGAAAGUUGUAUUCUUCCUAUUUAAAUAUUGGCCAAUUAUAGUCUUUGUUGGCUAUUUUUCUCCUGUAGCAUCCUGAUUUUGUGUAGGAGCUUCUUUUUAGUAGAUUAAGUGAAGACUCAAGAGUAGUAUACCGUAUAGUGACACACUUUUCUAAUCGAAUUUUUUAGAAAAAAUUCUUUGGCUAAAUCUUCUCCUAAUUGCCAGUCAAGUGGUUAAGGCCCCUCUUUCUCCACUAGAGAUCAACAUUCUGUCACCUUCUGUGUGCAUGCAGAGGUUGAGAGAGCCUCUUCUUUUGUUUCUUUCAGUGUAACAUGAGUUCUUCUGAAGAAUGUGGUGAGUUAAAAUUGUAUUCUAAAAUCCUGAAGCCAGAGCCUGUGCCAGACGUUCUGCUACCUCUCAUAGACUUGCUCCAUAAUUCUAAAUUUAAAAUUAGAAGUGGGGAAGGAUAAGAUAAGCCAUUGCCCCUUUACUUCUGAGAAUUGGCUGCUGUUUCAAAUAUAAUUUUUUUGAGACAGCUGUAUAGUUAAUUAGAAAAAGAUUUUUUUUUCUUUUUUUGAUGAGGAAGAUCAGCCCUGAGCUAACAUCCAUGCCAAUCCUCCUCUUUUUUUUGCUGAGGAAGACUGGCCCUGAGCCAACAUCUGUGCCCAUCUUCCUCCACUUUAUGUGGGACGCCGCCACAGCAUGGCCUGAUAAGUGGUGCGUCGGUGCACGCCCGGGAUCUGAACCCAGGCUGCCAGCAGCGGAGCGCACGCACUUAACCGCUACACCACGGAGCCGGCCCCAGAAAAAGAUUUUUAUUGAUGAGAUGUUGUUAAUCUUUCUUGUAUCAAUAUUCUGAAUUCAGCAAUCAGAAAAUUUUUCAUCAGAAAAGGAGUCCUGUGAUAAAAACCCAGUAUUCAGCACAUUUUUCCCCAUUUUUCAGAAGGGACAUUUCACAUAUAGGUGCCAAAUUAAAUUGGGGUGGCGAGAGCAGGAACCUUUCGAAUUUAUGGUUAUUACAUAAAUUGUAGAAAUUAUAAUCUGACUGGAAAACAAUCUUGUAUUUCCUCCCAAAGAAUCAUGGGCUUUUUUGAAUUAAAAAAAAGCUGACAAAUAUA